AGCUUUACAAACCAACCAGAAUAAGAAAUCAUUUAGUGGCCAUCUGCUCUCUGGGACGAGACGAACAUUAAACCCAGAGACUCAGUUAAACAGAAAACACUCCAGGCUAGAUGGAAAAAUAAAUAUUGAUUAAAACUUGAAACAAAACGGCCUUAACGUGAAUAUACAAAAGAGGAACGGUCAUUUAAAUGUUAAAAAAGGGGGGAAAAAAUAGUUAAAAUAGUUUUGAAUAAAAAAAUAAAUAAUCGAGGGUGGGCUAUUGUUUGAACCCACUGACGUCAUCAGUCGGCGCCAAAUCAGCGGGACUAUCGCCGUAUUUGAACCAACUGCACUUUUGCUCCUCAAAAAGCUCAUUUCCGAAGCAGUUUUUGUGAAUUGCAUUUGACAUUAUGAUCGAAAAAGAGGACCCGGUCAUCAGCGAGGAAGAAGCGGCACAGUACGACCGGCAGAUUCGGUUAUGGGGGUUGGACGCGCAGAAGAGGUUGCGAGGGUCCCGGGUUCUUCUGGCUGGUUUAGGAGGUCUUGGAGCUGAAGUGGCGAAAAAUUUAAUCCUGGCUGGAGUUAAAGGCCUCACUUUAUUGGAUCAUGAAAAGGUGUCGGAGGAGUCGUGUCGCGCUCAGUUCCUGGUUCCCGUGUCGGCUCAGGGUCAGAACCGGGCCCAGGCGUCGCUGGAACGUGCACAGAACCUCAACCCGAUGGUGGAGGUACACGCCGACACUGACAGAGUUGAAGACAAACCCGAUGACUUCUUCCUGCAGUUCGAUGCCGUGUGUUUGACGGGCUGCUCCAGAGACCUGAUGGUGCGAGUGGAUCAGCUCUGUUCUCAGAACAGCAUCAAGGUCUUCUGCGGAGACGUCUGCGGUUACUACGGCUACAUGUUCUGCAACCUUGGACGGGAGUACAGCUACGUGGAGGAGAAACCUAAAUUGGUGAAACGCAGCGCAGAUUCCAACGACGGCCCAGAAGCAAAGAAAGCUAAAAUCGACCCCAAUGAGACGACCAUGGUGAAGAAGACGGCCAGUUUCUGCUCCCUGAAAGAGGCUCUGGAGGUCGACUGGACGAGCGAGAAGGCCAAAGCCGGCCUGAAGCGGACGCCGGUGGACUACUUCCUGCUUCACGUCCUGCUGAAGUUUCGCACGGACAAAGGUCGCGACCCCGACCCGCAGUCCUUCGUCGAAGACGGCCGGCUCCUGAAACAGAUCCGCGACGACGUCCUGGAGGGCAUGUCGCUGAACGGUGACUUCCUCAGUGACGACUUCAUCAGCUUCUGCUUCUCGGAGAUGUCUCCAGUCUGUGCCGUCGUGGGAGGAGUCCUCGGACAGGAAGUUGUCAAGGCUCUCUCCCAAAGAGACCCUCCUCAUCGUAAUUUCUUUUUCUUCGAUGGGCGUAAAGGCAACGGCGUGGUGGACUUUUUCGGACCAAACUGAGAGAAAAACGUCUGUCCUUUUCAGUUGUUUUUAUCAGAACGUGCUUCACUAUUCUGGGAAAAAAAACACCCUUGUUUGUGUCAUUUUUCCUAUUCUUGUUGUUGAACUUUCCUCUGAAGCCAGACAAAAGUGUUGUAGGAUGUUUUUUUAAUGUUUGCUAAUAAAACAUUUAAUGAAAA